AUGGCCUCACUGGGCAUGCAGAUGCUGGCGAGCUCCCUGGCGCUGCUGGGGUGGGUGGGGGCUCUGCUGACUUGCAUCCUGCCCAUGUGGCGUGUGACGGCCUACAUCGGCACCACCAUCGUCACCUCGCAGACCAUGUGGGAGGGCAUCUGGAUGACGUGCGUGGCGCAGAGCACAGGCCAGAUCAUGUGCAAGCCGUAUGAUUCCACGCUGGCGCUGGGCACAGACCUCCAGGCUGCCCGGGCACUGACGGUCAUCGCCCUGUUGGUGGCCAGCGCGGGGCUCCUGCUCGCUUUUGUGGGGGGCAAGUGCACCCGCUUCCUGGAUGGUGAGGGCAAGAGGACCAAGGCCCGAGUGCUCGUCGCCGCCGGAGGUACGCUGCUCGUCGCCGGGCUCCUGUGCAUCAUCCCGGUGUCGUGGACCGCCGGGGCGGUGGUGAAGGCCUUCUACAGCCCCCACAUCACGGACUCCCAGCGCAGGGAGCUGGGGGGGGCCAUCUACAUUGGGUGGGGGGCGUCCAUCCUGUUCUUCCUAGCGGGGGGGAUGUUCUGCAGCACUGCCUGCUCUCGAGACGCCGCUGAGGACAACACCCCCUCCGUGAAGUAUGUUCUUGUGCGCUCGUCCGUUAACGGCGGCUCCAGGCCCACCUCAGGACCCUCCGUGCGCUCCCAGCCAGAGGGAGGCCAGUGGGGAAAGCCACCGGUCAUGGCCAAGCCCCUAGGCAGCCAAGCACCCUCCACAUGGUCCCACAACAGCCAAGCACCCUCAACCAAGUCCCAGCUGAAGAGGCCUGUGUCAGCCCAGUCGGGGGUGAGCGAGGGGCCGUCCACCAAGUCCCAGCUGAAGAGGGCCGACUCCACGAAGAGCCUGGAGCUCUCCACCAAGUCUGAGCUCAACGAGACAGCUGCAUUCGCAGACGAGGCACCACUUACUCCUACAAAGACUUACAUCUGACUGUUUCUGCAAGGCACUGCCACAGUAUAUUCCUGUUAAAAUGAUGUGUCGUUGUACCAGUUAUGCACUUGGACUUUGCACUCUUCUUGUGGGCCAGUCAAGAGUGUAAAUAUAUAUUUAAAAUUAAGCUGUUAAUGUACAUAUGUUUUUUUCCCUCAAUGUUUAAACGUAUGUGUGGUAAAAUGAAGGAAGGCUAAGUGAUGUCAUUCACAGGCCUCUUGUGAGCUCUUCAGUGGUGAUAUGUAAUACGAUCACAAACAGCCCCACAACAUCAGUGAAUGGAAGUUAUGACUGGUGCAUUUCCUGUUGAUGUUGCUACUUUUUCUUCUUUUUGAAUGUCUUAUAUAACUAUAUGAAUGUGAAUUUUAUUGCUAUAAAAAUAAAAGUUUAAGAUCAUUUCUGGCUGUAGCUUUUACAUAUUUUAACUUAUUUGCCAUAACCCAAGGAGUGCAACCAAUUAGCAUUACUAUACAAUAAUUAAAAGGCUGGGUAAGUGAAAAGUUCAAUGUAUUACUUAUUUAUGAGCUCCUAGCCCAUUGCACUGAUACCCUCCCCCACAUUCUUCCUGGUAUCACCCUCCAUUAUGGCCUCAGCAAAGAGGAAGGGAAUCGGUGGCGAAACAGGUUUGACAGAGAGUCACUGAAUAAAGAUGCUUUGCAUUCUAUCGGGAAGCUAUGUAUUUGCAAAGGAUCAGAUCGAGUUUCACUGGAAGCAAGCUGGAAAACAUUUUGAGUCACGCUUCAAUUUAAAUGCUAAGUUUCAUCAGACUUUGACAUUAGGAUGUUUGGUUGAGGAA